AUUUACAGGAACACUCUCGAGUUUUACAAUUCGCGAAGUCGUGUAAAACAUCUCGACGAGGAAGAAAAAAUUGUUUUCCUCUUCGACUACUCAAAAAAGGACAAUAAGUGGGGUGUUAUUCGACAUCCGAUGGUGAUGAACUUCGUCAAUGAACGUCUACUUGACUGUGCUUUUUUCUAUAGUCUUCACGUUUUAGCUUUUGCUGUUUUUCUUUUGUUGCUAUCGUCGCAUAUUUUUUCCAAUACGUUGGCAAAGGAUAUUGCUGUCACCGCAUUCAUCGCGUUGUUUUUACUUUUCAUGCUACUGAAAGGCGCCAUCAAGGCUCGAAUCUCACGUUCGAUCUCGUUCUGGUUCAUCAUCGCCUAUGCGUUCAAUAUAAUUACUUAUACCGCAACAUUUCUCUAUGUUUGGCUACCAACAUUAUUCAGUUAUGACGACUAUCAUGAGGAAACGAAGAAAAUUGUGCUUUGGUUCCUGCCAAUAGUGGCGAUCAUUUCGGCUUGGAUGAAUUUUCUCUACAUUCUACGAAAAUCACCGUAUGGUAUUUAUAUUUUCAUGAUGGUGCGAAUCUUACGUUCAUUUGGACAUAUUGCCACCAUCUGGAUUCCCACGUUGAUCGCAUUUUCUUUCGCCUUCCAUUUGAUUAUGAGAGAUUCGGUGUUAAGAAAAUUGCAGCACGAAAACGCUACCGUAAUCGAGAAAUUGUUCAUCAUCCUUCAAGCGGUCACAAAAACCUCAACAAUGAUGAUUGGCGAGGUGGAUGCGAAUGACAUCCUGGGAACACGACAGUGGAUUCCCAGCGUUUUAGUGCUUGUCUUCGAAAUUAUCACUGUUAUCUUAUUGAUGAAUCUUAUGGUGUCGCUUGCAGUGGGAGAUGUGAGCGAUUUACGAAACACGGCACAGGAUAAAAUACUGAAAAUCAAGGUGAAUUUUGUUAUCGAAGCACUACAACUCAGUGAACAUUUCGGUCUCGGUGGUCUUUCGAUUCAACCGUUACACAAACGACGUACUAAUAAUGUCCUAGUUGUGCAUAGCGAUGGCACCUACUUUACUCGAUACGAUGAAACACUGCGUAUUGGUAAUUUCAUAAAUAUGUAUAUAUAUAUAUAUUCUAUUAUUGCUUCUUCUGCAGGUAUUGAAUAA